AUGGACAAUAUCAUCGCUCAGGAAGCAAGACUCCACUGUCGAAAUAAUCAACUCACCAAUACUGCGGGUGUUGCACCGGGAUACUUACAAGCAAAUCUUCUGGUGCUUCCGUCAAAAUAUGCUGCAGACUUCCAUGAUUUGUGUUUGCGCAACCCAGUUCCUUGUCCCCUAUUGGGAAUGACCGCUGUUCCUGGUGAUCCAAGCUCCGUUCGACCGGCAGAGUGUAUCCAGUCCCAAGAUUUUGAUAUUCGAACGGAUUUCCCCAAAUAUCGAGUAUAUUCAGGGGGGAAAUGGAUUGAUAGUCGUCGUGACUUGUUGGAUGUAUGGUCCAAGGAUCAUGUGGGCUUUUUAAUUGGGUGCUCGUUCUCAUUUGAGGAUGCCCUGACGGCGGCAGGCUUGCCACCGCGUCACCACAAGACUGGCACUAUAGUUGCAAUGUACAGAUCGAACAUCCCAUUAUUGCCCGCUGGGAUAUUCACUGGCGGCCACUGUAUUGUAUCGAUGCGACCGUAUCGCCCGGAGCACAUUGAGAAGGUGAGGGAGAUCACUAGGGCCUAUCUGUCGACUCACGGAGAGCCUGUGGCCUGGGGAUGGGAUGGUGCGAGGCAAUUGGGAAUUCUGGAUGUGGCAAAGCCAGACUUUGGAGAACCGCAAACAUUUGAGGAAGGCGAAGUUCCUGUGUUCUGGGCCUGUGGUGUUACACCUCAAGUUGCCGUCGAAGCAGCAAGUCAUAAAAUUGAAGGACUGGUAUUUGCCCAUGAACCCGGUCACAUGCUGAUCACCGAUUGGACAGCAGAGGAUUUGCAGAAACUCAAACCUGGAAGCAUUUAG